UCUGAACAGCAGAACUCCCCAAGAACCAAGCUGAAAAUGAGUCCCUUUUCCAGUCUGCUGAUGCUCCUCUUGCUGGGCCUCGCUCAGGCUCAACAGGACACGGAUGAAGAAUUCUCAGGAAAUGAGGAGGAGACCGUUGACCUUACCACCGCCAUUCUGACCACCAACAACGGCACGAGUGAGUCCCUCCUGGAAGGAGACAUGCUGCUUCCCAAAACCAGAAAUGCCCUGAAGUGCUUCUCCAACAGCUGCCUGUGGAAGAAGUCCUUCAACGGCUUGGUGACGAUCCCCUAUGUCAUCAGUCCUCAGUUCAGCGGCAUGGAGAGGCAGAAGAUUGAGAACGCGGUUAAGUCUUUCCACGGCAGGUCCUGCGUCCGCUUCGUCCCCCGGCGCAAUGAGUACGACUUCGUCAGCGUGGAGAACGGAGGCGGCUGCUUCUCGGCUCUGGGCCGACAGGGAGGGAGGCAGGUGCUGUCACUCAACCGUGACGGCUGCAUCUACCACGGCAUCAUCCAGCACGAGUUCCUCCAUGCUCUGGGCUUCCAGCACGAGCAGACCAGAAGCGACCGCGACAGCUACGUCAGGAUCGUCUGGGAGAACAUCGACCGAGCGAUGGCCUUCAACUUCCACAAGCAGGACACCAACAACCUGAACACCCCCUAUGACUACUCCUCCAUCAUGCACUACGGAAGAACAGCCUUCAGCGUCAACGGGAGAGACACCAUCGUCCCUUUGUCCCACGCCAACAUCGGCCAGAGGCGGGGUCUGUCCAGAGUGGACAUCAGCAGGAUCAACCUGCUUUACGGCUGCUAAUGACACCAAUGUUGACCGCAUCAGCAUUUUUCUCAAAUGUAUGAA